CAAAAUCCACUAUCAUUUGUCUCUGCUCUUCUUCACUCAUAUAAUUUUCUCUAACAAACCCUCUCACUCUUCAACAUGUCCGGCUACCCAAAUCAACCUCCCAGUUACGGUUACGGCUACGGCGCACCACCUCCUUCCCAAUCCUACGGCGCACCACCUCCUUCCCAAUCUCACGGCUCACAUCCACCAUCAUCCUACGGUGCCCCUCCUCCAUCUCAAUCCCACGGCUCACAUCCACCAUCCCAAUCCUACGGCGCUCCUCCUCCAUCUCAAUCCUACGGCGCACCACCGCCAUCUCAAUCCUACGGCGCACCACCCCCCACCUCCUACGGCCAACCCUCCGCUCCUUACGCCGCCCCUUACCAGAAACCACCAAAGGAAGAUUCUCACUCCUCCGGCGGCGGUGGCGCUACCUACCCACCACCGGCGUACGCAAGCCCGUUCGCUUCACUGGUUCCGUCAACAUUCCCUCCCGGUACCGAUCCAAGCAUCGUUGCAUGCUUUCAAGUGGCGGAUCAAGAUGGAAGUGGUUUGAUCGAUGAUAAAGAAUUGCAGAGGGCUUUGUCUUCUUACAAUCAGAGCUUCAGUUUGAGAACUGUUCAUCUUCUCAUGUAUCACUUCACCAACACCAAUGUCAAGAAGAUCGGACCCAAGGAAUUCACUUCUCUAUUUUACAGUCUUCAGAGCUGGAGGGGAAUAUUUGAGAGAUUUGACAAGGAUAGGAGUGGCAAAAUUGAUUCAAAUGAGUUGCGAGAUGCGCUGUUGAGUUUGGGUUAUGCUGUUUCUCCUGUGGUAUUGGACUUGCUCGUCUCCAAGUUUGACAAAACUGGUGGCAAAAACAAAGCCGUCGAAUAUGACAAUUUCAUCGAGUGUUGUCUUACUGUGAAGGGACUAACGGACAAAUUCAAGGAGAAGGAUACAGGGUAUACCGGCUCUGCAACAUUUUCCUAUGAGGCGUUUAUGCUGACCGUCCUGCCAUUCCUGAUAGCUUAGGAUAGUACUGGUGUACAUGUGGAGCUGUAAUUUGAUUUGGAGAUAGAUGUGUGUGGUCGAAUCAAGUACUUUGGACAGCUUUUAAGACGCUCUUGUGUCCUAUCGUUUAGCUUUUAAUAUGCGUUAGCAUUUUCCUAUCAGUAAAAUCAAAUCCUAGAAUACUAUGUUUUCAGCCUGUUGAUAACUUUCUUCUGGUCCUGUACUUGAAUGAAGUAAUGAAAUUGAGUUUCGUAAUAAUGCUUAGUCGGUGAUCGUAAUAAUGCUUGCUCCGAGCUUUAUGCUGA